AGGCCGGCUUCUUGGCGGGUGGGACGGAGGGGUGACGACGUCACCAUAGGAAGGGCCGGGACAGGUCUGAUAAAUCGCUGACCGACACUUUCGAACCGCCGCUCUCGCCGCCACUGCGGUAUUAGACCAGAGCAAUCGGGAGCCGAUCCGAAGCAUUCAUCGAUCGAGCAACUCAAGCUGGCCUGUAGUGGGGGCAGGGGGGUCCCCCUCUUAUCCCAGAUGGGAGUUUGUCCUGUUAGCGCCCUGUGUAGCCUUGCUGCAGGCUGAGCCCGGCGCAGGACCCAUCUAUGCCUCACCUUGCCUCAUGGGGCGUAAGAUGCUAUCACAACUGCAGGCAUAAAGUGUGAAGGGGGAGAUGGGCUCCAGCAGUUCCUGCCACCAUGUCCCACCUCCUCUGCACUGCCACCUCCUUCCUUGCCUGCCUCCUCUGACCGGUCCUUGCUUUUGCAACACACUCACCACUCAAAAAGCAGAGCAUCUCUCUUCUCCACUUGCCUCAGUUGCCUCUACUAAUCCACAGGCAGGCCAAGCUGUCAGGUUACUUCCAGCCUCGUAAGGAUUUCCAUGCAUGGAGGCCCCCAUGCCUGCAGAAAGCCCCAUUGCAAGCUCUCUGCCAGGGAGAGAUUCAUUCACUUGACAAUGAUGGUAUAAAGAGUGGCAGAAGGGGUACAAGCAGUGGUGGGCGAAAGAACAGAGCCACAACCGGUAUCAGAGUAGCAAGGACCCCUUGUGCUACUUCCAGGAGUCUGUGGGCACGUCUACACGUUCAUUAAGGCACCCUAGUUACUGUGCAUUAAGAAUAACCAAGCUAAAUCAAUGCGCAGUAACUUGUGCUACUGUGCAGUAGCACCGAUGCAGACUUUUCCAGUGACGCUAACUGUGCAGUAGCCUAAUAACACUGCACAGUAGCAGGACAGGCAAAAACUAUGCUAAUACAGUGGUGUUCGGUUACUAAGCGCAGUGUCACUCAUAAACCAUGCACCGAUGCUACUGCCCGUUGAUUAUCCAAGUACUAAAUUGAAUGCAUGUUGACUACAGGGGUGUCGGUCGUAGCCGUGUCGGUCGGAUAUAGGCAGACAAGGUUCUUUGGGUGAAUCUGGUAUCUUUUAUUAGACCAAAUUAAAUCAUUCGCUUCAGUGUGUUAAUGAACGUGUAGACCCACCCACCGGCUCCUGGAAGUAGCACAGGGUACCUUGAGAGUGAAAAAGAUGUCGCUCUCAAGGGAACGGGGGGGCUAGGUGUCUGGCCUGGCUGGAUGUGGGCCGGGUCUCUCUCCUGUGCAAUAACACCUCAUGUACAGCCCAUCAGUGUGGAGCCUGGCUUAUGGUUUUCAGUGCUCAAUCCUUGCUUUCCUGUUACAUCUUCCAUCUGCUUCUUCCCGCUGACUCCUGCAUGCUAAGGCUGGCUGUAGGUCCAUCGAGGAGCGCUAGGGCUGAGGUCCAUCCUAAUCUGACCUUCAUUUAGGGCUCUGUACUGGAUGCGGGAUAUGAUUUUACACAUCAGUGAGGACACGUGCCCAGCUCCCGCAAGUCUCUCCCUUGAGGAUGUGCAAGUCACGAAUGACAAGCUCUUGUUGGGGACGCGCGUGGCCGGAACCUUCCUGCCGCCGCCGCCUGCUUCCGGCCGGCGCGGGGGGCGCUGCGCAGCGACGCACCAAGAUGGCGGCGCCCAGCGCGGCCGUGGCCCCGGCCUCGGGGGGCGCCGCGCAGCCGCCCGCCAUGACCCCGCAGAAGAUCCGCGAGCUCAUCGACGGCGGCAUCGCCCCCGAGGAGCCCGGCGCCGAGGGAAAGGACACAACUGCCUGGUCAGAAUCAGCCAACGGACCUUCACAACCCGAUGCUCUCCCUUUUGAGACGACCAGCAGAGAAGCCUACUUCAGCAGAGUAGAGACGUUCACGCCGCUCAAGUGGGCUGGCAAACCCCAUGAGCUUUCCCCCCUCAUCUGUGCUAAGUACGGCUGGACCAAUGUCGAAUGUGACAUGCUGAAGUGCUCCAGCUGCCAGGCUUUCCUCUGCGCGAGUCUGCAGCUAGCCUUUGACUUCGACAAGUACAAGGAGAGGUGUGCGGAGCUGAAGAGAGCCUUGUGCAGUGCCCAUGAGAAGUUCUGCUUCUGGCCAAUCAGCCCCUGCCCAGAUCGCUUUGCGGUUCUCCUGGUGGACGAACCCAUCGCACUGCUUGGCGACUUCCUGGACCGCUUCCAGAGCCUGUGUCAGCUGGAGCUGCAGCUGCCCUCCCUCCGGCCGGAGGAUCUGAAGAACAUGUCCCUGACCGAGGAGAAGAUCAGCCUUCUCCUACAUCUGAUUGAGGAGGAGCUGGAACGCAAGAGCCCAGGGGAGAAAAUGCCAGUGAAAUUGGGCUCGGACCUCCUGCAGGUGCACGUCCCCGCCUGUGUUUUGGCACUGUGUGGCUGGACCUGCAGCCCUGCACCAGGGACCACGCACCUGCCUGUCAUCACCUGCUCCCGCUGCAUGAGGAAGGUUGGGCUGUGGGGUUUCCAUCAGCUGGAGUCGGUUGCACCCGAGGCAGACCCUGCCCCCGGACAGGGCAGCACCCCCACCACGCCCACCGAGGGGCGGCCCGACCGCCUGCCCCUGGUGCCGACGUCCCCACACAGGAUGGUCACCCGGAGCCGAGACACAACGUUCUCUCCUGGCCUGGAGCAGCAUGAGAAGAGCCCUUCCCCCGUGAUGUGCCGUGCGCGGAGCUGGGACAGCCUGAGCCCCAUGGACCGGACUGAGCCGGAAGCAGCCAGCCCCACACCACGGAACCGCCCGGUGACCCGCAGCAUGGGCCAGGGCGACAGCGUGGAGGUGCCGUCCAGCCCGCAUCGCAGGGCCAAGCGGGCCCGGCUCUGCUCGUCCAGCAGCUCGGACACUUCCACCAAGAGCUUCUUUGAUCCCAGCUCCCAGCACCGUGACUGGUGCCCCUGGGUGAGUGUGGUGGAGAAGGCAACCCUGGAGGACUCCAGUGACGCAUCAGAGCAUACGCCAGCAAAGGCCGAGCCUGGCUGGAGGGCCAUGCUGAGCGUUCUCCUCGCCACCCAGAAAUCAGAGAGACCAACUGAUACAGAGCCCGUGAGCCUCUCAGUGAAGUCCUGCAAGGUGUUCCGCAUCUUCCGCCGCUGGGAAGCCAUGUGCUCCUGAGCCGACCGCCCCUUCCCGCUCAGCCCCUCCUUCUGCCUCGCAAGAGACCUGCUUCCUGCUCCCCAGGAGAUGUUUCGCAAGAGCCCGUGAGCAGCGGGAGCCCCUCCCCAGGGCCUGUGGGAGUCUGCUGGGCUGAACCUGGCCCUUGGGCUGAACCAAGGCCCACGGGCCUUCAAGCAGGAACCUAGUGGAUCCACAGGCACUCCCUUCCCCUCCUCGCACACUGGCCUGUGGGAGUGAGGAGGCUUCUCCUGCCUCUUCUCAGCUGCGACAUCCAUGCAGCCCAGCCUUGCCCUUACUACGGACUGUGAGGCAAGCAGGGGUGUCCGAGUGCUGCUGGCACUGCCAGCCUGGGGCAGGGACACUGGCAAUAAAACAUUUCAUGGGUUUUUUUUCUUA